AUGGUCCACUGCGCCGGCUGCGAGAGGCCUAUUCUGGACCGCUUUCUGCUCAACGUGCUGGAUAGAGCCUGGCACGUAAAGUGCGUGCAGUGCUGCGAGUGCAAAUGUAAUUUGACAGAGAAAUGUUUUUCUCGAGAGGGGAGACUGUACUGCAAAAAUGAUUUCUUUAGACGGUUCGGCACGAAGUGUGGCGGCUGCUCGCAGGGCAUCUCUCCAAACGACCUGGUCCGGAGGGCCCGGAGCAAAGUGUUUCACCUCAACUGCUUCACAUGCAUGAUGUGCAAUAAGCAGCUCUCCACUGGAGAGGAGCUCUACAUCAUAGACGAGAACAAAUUCGUUUGCAAAGACGAUUACCUAAACAACACGAGUGUAAAAGACACCAACCUCCUCUCAGUAACGGCAUGCAGCGACCCCAGUUUAUCGCCGGACUCUCAAGACCAGCUACAGGACGACGUGGUCCUAAAGGACACGGAGAUAGCCGCGCUGUCCGACAAAGAGACGGUGAAUAACGAGAACGACGACCAGAACCUCGGCGGGAAGCGGCGCGGCCCGCGGACCACCAUCAAGGCCAAACAGCUGGAGACGCUGAAGGCGGCGUUCGCUGCCACCCCAAAACCCACCAGACACAUCAGGGAGCAGCUGGCCCAGGAAACCGGCCUCAACAUGAGAGUCAUCCAGGUCUGGUUCCAGAACCGACGUUCCAAAGAGAGGCGCAUGAAGCAGCUGAGCGCGCUGGGCGCCCGGAGGCACGCGUUUUUCCGGAGCCCGAGGCGGAUGAGGACGCUGGUGGACCGGCUGGAGCCCGGAGAGCUCAUCCCCAACGGGCCCUUCUCCUACUAUGGAGAUUAUCAAAGCGAGUACUACGGCCCGGGAGGGAACUAUGACUUCUUCCCUCAGGGGCCUCCAUCGUCGCAGGCCCAGACCCCGGUCGAUCUCCCCUUCGUGCCCUCCUCAGGCCCCACGGGCACCCCUCUCGGAGGUAUGGACCACCCCCUGCCUGGCCACCACCCCUCCAGCGAGGUGCAGCGUUUCUCCGAUAUAAUGUCCCACCAUCCGGGGGACUCUCCCAGCCCGGAGCCCGGCAUCCCGGGACCCCUCCACAGCAUCUCCUCCGAGGUGUUCGGCCCUAGUCCGCCCUUUACCUCACUGUCACUGAACGGCAGCGGAUACAACAACCACCUGUCCCACCCGCCCUCGGAAAUGAACGAGGGCACCGUGUGGUAG